CUCACUUCUCAUCUGUUGGCUGUGUCGGUUCAGUCAGUCCUGCUGGUCGCGUGGCUCGUUGCUCUUUGCUGUGUUUUCAUUCGUUUCGUGUGUGGCGAUUGUUGUGUUCUUCAGUUCGUGGCAUUUAUUUCAAUUAGUCGAUAAAUUCAUUUGCUCACACAGCCGGAAUAGUUAAAAACAUUUAUUGCGACAAACAAAAAGUUUCCCGUGUCAAGCGCCGAAUAAAUACCGAAGUAAAGUCCGACAAAAGGAGGCUAAAUUCACGCGGGGUUCGCAGGAAGCGCUACAGUUACAUACACAUAUACAUCGAACAGAAUGGAAAACGUGGACACAAGCUUUAUACCCGAUCUGCCAUCCGGCGGAGCUCUUGCGGUUUACCGCAAACGCGCCAACUUUGACUGGAAGCGUUUGCGCUUGAUCCUCGAAAAGGAACAGGGACUGCGCAUCAAGUACAAGGUGUGGCGUCGCCUGGAAAAUGAUCAACUAUUUGCGCACGCCUCGCGGACGCUGCCCAUGGACGAGCAGAAGCGUCUGGCUGCCAUGCAGGUGAAUCGCAUGAAGCAUCUGGAUCUGGUGCCCAAAGAGGUUGAGAGCCUGAACUUCUCGGCCAAGACAAAGUAUUUGAUGAACAUCAACGAGGCGCUGGCGAUCUACUCGCCCAGCCUGUCCGUGAAGAUAGCGCUCGGCGUGGGCCUGUUCAACAAUGCCAUCCGAGCCUUGGGCACAGAGAAGCACACCAAGUAUAUUGAGGCUGCCUGGAACCGAGAGGUGAUCACCUGUCUGGCCGUCACGGAGCUGUCGCAUGGCAGCAACACGAAGCGCAUUCGCACCACGGCCACCUACGAUCCCAGCUCGCAGGAGUUCGUGAUCAACACACCGGACUUCGAGGCGGCCAAGUGCUGGGUGGGCAAUCUGGGCAAAAUGGCAACCGUGGCCAUGACCUUUGCCAAUCUCAUCACGGCGGACGGCGAGAACCACGGCCUGCACGGCUUUCUCAUACCCAUUCGUGAUCCGAAAACGUUGCUCUCCUAUCCGGGCGUCCUGGUCGGCGAUAUUGGCGAGAAGUGCGGCCUGAAUGGCAUCGACAACGGCUUUGUCGUCUUCACCAACUAUCGCAUACCGCGCGACAAUCUUCUCAAUCGGACUGGCAACGUCACGCCCGAGGGCGUCUACGAGAGCGUCUUCGCCGAACCGGGCAAAGCUCUGGGCGCCGCACUGGAGAGCUUCUCGGCCGGACGUAUUGGCAUCAUGCAGGAGGCGGCCAACACCUUGUGCAGCGCAGCUGUCAUCGCGGUCCGCUACGCCGCAGUUCGGAAACAGUUUGGCCCGGAACGCCAGGGCGAGGAGAUCGCCAUCAUUGAGUACCAAUUGCAUCAAUAUCGGAUUUUUCCCUACUUGGCUGCAGCCUGUGUGCUCAAGAUUGCCGUCGAGGAGAUGACCAACACGUAUUUAGAAAUCAUCGCUCGCUCGCAGGCAGACUCAAACGGAUUCGAUAUACUGACACAGAACGCAGCGGAGAUUCAUGCGGUUAUAUCAGCCUCGAAGCCGCGCAUCACGUGGUCGGCACGUGAUGCUAUUCAGGAGGCUCGUGAGGCGUGUGGCGGCCAUGGAUAUUUACGUGCCGCCAAGCUGGGGCAGAUGCGCACCGACCAUGAUCCGCUGUGCACCUACGAGGGCGACAACAAUGUGCUUGGCCAGCAAGCCUCCAAUUGGCUGCUGCGCCAGUGGAACGCCAAGGAGCUGGAAUCGCCAAUUGGCAGCGCAAAGUUCCUGGAGCGGCGCCAGCACCUGCUGCAGCUGCAGUACGCACAGCUGGUGCAGCAGAGUCCAUUGGACAGUUGGGAGUUUGCUCUCAGCUGCUACGAGUGGCUGCUGUGCCAUCUGAUGUCCCGCACGAGCGCCCACAUCGAGAGCCAAUUGGCGGCUGGUGUCCAUCCUUUUGAGGCUCGUAACAAAUCCCAGGUUAUGGGCGCGCGGGAGCUGUCGUUGGCCUAUGCCGAGUACUGUGCCCUCAGUCGCUUUGUGGGUCACGUGCAGCAGCUGAGUCUGGAGCAGCCGUACGCCAAUGUGUUGCGUGUGCUGUACGACGUGUAUGCCAUGUGGCUGCUGGAGAACCAUAUGACCACCUUCUAUGUGGGCGGCUUUGCGGUGGGUGGGGCUUUCGCUGGGGCAGUGCAGGAGCGCCUGCUGCAGAGCUGCGCCCAGCUCAAGGAUGUGGCUGUGAGCGUAGCAGAUGCCAUUGCCCCGCCGGACUUUGCCCUCAACUCGGUUAUCGCACGCGCCGACGGCCUGCUCUACGAGAACUUGCAAAACGAAUUUAUGACCAACGAGGGCGCCUUCCAGCGGCCCGCCUGGUGGCGAGACGUCAUCAUACCACAGCCGCAGGAGAAAUCAAAGCUCUAAAGGGUCAGCAGGACGACAACGCAAGUGCCUGGGCAGGUCGAUCGCUCGAUCACUCAAUUCGCCCCUAUCGCAGUUAUUGUUACAUCAUCAUAUCGCAUCGGGUAUUACGGAGAAAUUAAACUGCAACAUACCAUACACAUUAUAUACCUUACAUUUUAUAUGUAACUACACAUAGAUAUUUUAUACUACACACAAAAUCUGUAAUACACAUUCAAAAUUUCAAAUCGUUAGCAUCGAUUGUGGAAGCUCCCAACUCCUUAAGGUGUCUAACUAACUUUGUAAGAAAUAGGUAAUUAUGCUCAUUCUGCUAGGAACUAGUUUAUUUUGAGAGCUCUUUAUUUUAAUAAUUUUUCAAAGUAUAAACAACUUUGUAAAUCUUCUGCUUUUUGACAUGUUUGUGAUUUGAAAGAGAAUGAAUAAAUUCGAGCAAUAAGUAUUCCAUUAAGAGAGCGCAAAUCUUCAGUUUCAUGUAAAGCUCGUUCAUUAUUAUACAAAAAAGGCAAAGUAUUAAACACCCUACUAUAAUUAUUUUCACACUGAAUACCCCUGCUUUCACUAUCGAUGCUAACGCUAGUACCGAAACUAUCAAAUGGUGUUCCUAGCAAUAUUUUACAAUAUAAAUCUAUUAGAUUAGAAUGUUUUGUUUAAUAAUAAGACGAAUUAUGUAAAUAAAUAUUCAUAAAAUCA